AUGGAGCCUACGAGCGAGAAUAGCGAGUUGAGAAUUCAGGAAUUCUGCACUAAGGAACGAUGGUGGCGCGUCCCACAUCUUGUGAAACUGAACCUGAUCCUCUUGGUCCCAUUUGUCUCGAGUUAUGUCGGUGGUUUUGACGGCAGCAUGCUCAAUGGUGUCCAGACAGUCCAGCAGUGGAAAGAAGGUAAAUACAGUCGAGGGCUUCCCUGCUAUAGACGUCAUUUCAACCACCCCUCCGGCGGCAUGCUCGGCCUUAUGGUGAAUAUGCAAACGAUUGGCGGCAUCAUUGCUCUCCCCGUUGCCCCCUUCGUUGCAGACAGGUUUGGACGGCGAAUCCCUAUCUUCAUUGGUUCUAUGGUCAUAAUAGCUGCCGCGAUAUUGCAGGGGACUGCAAAAAACAUGGCGAUGUUUGUGGUUGGGCGCUUCUUCAUUGGUCUAGGUGGAAUGUUUGUCGCAACGGCCUCUCCUCCAUUGCUUGGAGAGCUGGCCUACCCGACACAUAGACCCAUCAUCACUGCUGUCUACAAUACGACAUGGUAUGUUGGGUCGAUUGUGGCUGCGUGGUCUACAUAUGGCACAUUUGACAUGCCAAACUCUUGGAGCUGGAAGAUACCCUCACUGUUGCAGGGGUUAGUCUCCAUAUUCCAGGUCAUCUUCAUCUUCUUCGUGCCCGAGAGCCCUAGGUGGCUUAUUGCCAAUGGUCGGACAGGGGAUGCCACGAGGAUUCUGAGCAAAUAUCACUGUGAUACUGACGAGCCGACCACGCUUGUCCAGCUUCAGGUCGCCGAGAUUACUGGCGCUAUGGAAUUCGAGAAGUCCCUCAAUUCAGUGUCUUAUCUUCAGUUCUUUGAAACAAAGGGAAACCGCCAUCGUCUGUUAGUUACCGCCGCCCUGGGCCUUAUCGUUCAGUGGUGUGGAAACCAACUCAUCUCGGGAUACCUUGCUCUCGUACUCAUCGACACUGGAAUCACCGACGCUGAAACCCAAAACCUGAUCAACGGCGCCCUCCAGAUUUACAACUUUGUGAUUGCCACCGGAUCUGCGAUCCUGAUCGAAUGCCUGGGUCGCCGAUUCCUAUUCCUCACCUCCACUAUCGGCAUGUUGAUCUCUUUCACCAUCUGGACGAUCCUCGCAGCACGGAAUCAGAUUGAAGAGAGCCACAAGGGACUCGGUAUCGGCGUCGUGGCCAUGGUUUUUGUGUUCUACACGUUCUACAACUUUGCCAUGAACCCCCUACCCAUUGCCUACCUGGUCGAAGUGUUGCCCUACACGCUCCGCGCCAAGGGCCUCAGUAUCUUCAACCUGGCCCAGAUUUGCAGUGGCCUGUUCAACGGGUUCGUCAAUCCAGUUGCGUUGGAGGCGCUGCGAUGGAAGUACUACACUGUAUUCUGCUGUGCGCUCAUCCUUUGGCUUUCCAUCAUCUACUUUACCUUCCCGGAAACUCGGGGUCUGACACUUGAAGAGGUCAGCAGGCUCUUUGACGGGGAUCAAGCGCUUGCGAGUGCAUCUGAGACCAAGGCUGAAGGUCUGCCUGAGAUUGAACACAAGGAUCAUGUUAUCGCCGACUCUAAAGACGCAUGA